UCUUUUUGUGAGGGUAAUAUGGACAAUUCAUGAGGUAUCGGUGAUGCGCUGCGAGCCUGCAGCUCAGCACUUGGAGGAGCAUUUUAUGAGAAGCGAGUCCGCCCGACUGACAAUAUCUUUCUCUCGCCCAUUGUGCGUUGCGUCCGACACUCAGAAAGUUAGAAGAAAGCCGUGGAUAUGGACCCUGCAGAACGUAGGUAUUUGGAGGAAGAGGAUAGUCCACUGAUGAAGACAAUUAAAGGUGCAACAACAGGUUUUGCUGCCGGGUCUAUUUUUGGGACCAUUGCUGCCACAUGGUAUGAUGUGCCUCGUGUUGAGAGAAGCGUUGCUCUUCCAGGGCUAAUAAGAACCCUGAAGAUGAUGGGUAACUAUGGGGUGACAUUUGCUGCAAUUGGGGGUGUUUACAUUGGUGUUGACCAGCUUGUGCAGCAUUAUAGGAUGAAGAGAGACUUUGUCAAUGGAGCUGUUGGCGGUUUUGUGGCUGGUGCAACUGUUCUAGGUUUCAAAGGAAGGAGCAUUAAAACAGCAAUUUCUGCUGGAUCAGCAUUGGCAGUCACUUCUGCUCUAAUUGAUGCUGGCGGUCAGACUACAAGAAUUGACAAUGGCAAGGAAUACUACCCUUACACCACCAAGAAAAGAACCACCGUCGAUUGAUAAAUUUUCAUUGCUGCCGUUGUCAAAGAAGAAAUUGGCAUCUUACUGGUGAAAAUCAUCACUGUUUACUGAACUGGUUGUAUGUCUGUUUUCAGAGAUGUUGAUCAUACUCUCCUCGGAUAUCUUUCCCCUUUUUUUUUUCAAGGUUUUAUUUUGAACCAAUAAUGUAAUAAAUAGGCUUUGUGAUGUUGUCAAAGUCUAAGUUAGAUGUUAA